AUGUCCACGAAGGUCAAGAACAACACACAGGUAAAUGAAGAACAGCUUUCAAGAGAUGAAGCAUUAAAGCUAUAUUCCAACACAUUAAAUUUUAAUGUAAUAAGUCGAUAUGAUCCAGCUAUAAAACAACUUAUAUGCUAUACAUCACAUUGUGUAGUGUAUAGAUUUAACGAAGAGACUGAAGAAUGGGUAAAAUCAGAUUAUCAAGGUACAUUAGCAUUAUACGUCAGAAAUUUAGAAAUAUCAUCACCAUCAUUAUCAACAUCCACAUAUCAAGAUUUAUUCAGUUAUGGAUUAAUAUUAUUGAAUAGAAAUAAUCCAGAUUGUUUUUCAAUAGGUUUAAUACCUACAAAAGUAAGUAAACAAUUUUUACCUAAUGGAGUUGAUGGGUCAGAAAUACUGGAAAUGGAUGUUGAAUUAAAUGAUAAUUUGAUUAUUGUACGAAAUUUAUCGGGUGAAAUUUUUGGAUUAUGGGUUUUUAAUGAAGAUGAUAGAAGAACAAUGUAUAAAUCUAUAGAAUUUUGUCUAAAUAAUAACUAA